AUGGAAGAAGUAGCAAGAACCCAUGAAUGGAGGCACCAAGUGCUGGUUUUAGCCUUCCCCUUUGGCAGCCAUCCGAGUAGUCUUCUCGGCAUUAUCCGGCAACUCGCUGAUGAUGCUCCCGACGUGAAAUUCUCCUUCUUCAACACGGCGACUUCCAAUGCAGCAAUUUUCAACGAUGGACGACAAAACGACAACGUUUUCCCUUACAGCAUCGGUGAUGGUAUGCCGAAGGGUUACGUGAGGAGACAGGGAGUGCCUGAGGAGCCGGCUGAGCUUUUCAUGAAGGCGGCAGCUGGAAAUUUUAGGGCGGCAAUUGAGGUGGAGACGGCGGCGGUGAAGGUUGGAGGGGUGGUGAGUGACGCAUUUUUGUGGUUUGCCGGUGAGAUAGCAGCGGAAAUGGAUGUGGCUUGGAUCCCGGUAUGGAUUCCGGGGCUCCGGAGUCUCGUUGUUCAUCUUCACACCGAUUUGUUCCGUCAAAAUCUGGCGGAUUCAGAAGAUGAUGAAGAGAAAGCCAUCAACUUCCUCCCUGGCUUUUCAAAAAUACGAAAUAUUGACUUACCCCAUGAGGGGAUUUAUGAAGACGUAGAAUCACCCAUUGCAACCAUGUUACAUAAAAUGGAGUUGCAUCUCCCGAAAGCUUCUGCCGUCGUCGUAAACAGCUUCAAAGAAGCCGAGCCGGAGAUGUUCAACAUACUGAAACCAAAGCUUCGAGAACUUCUCACCAUUGCGCCAAUUAAUUUAACGCCACCGACAUCGAUUAUUAACGAUGAGCAUGGAUGUCUCAAAUGGUUGGACAAUGAGAACCCUAAGUCCGUAGCGUACAUAUGCUUUGGUACAUUCAUAGCACUCCCCCCUCACGAGUUAGCAGCCUUGGCAGAGGCGCUAAACGAGAGCGGGGUUCGAUUUCUAUGGUCAUUUAGAGGCAACCCUGAGGAAAGCUUCUGUAAGGACUUUCUUCAAAGAAUUGAUGUGCAAGGAAAAUUAGUGCCAUGGGCUCCCCAAACAAGAGUAUUGGCACAUCCCUCAGUUGGGGUUUAUAUAGGUCAUUGUGGAUGGAACUCUGUUUUGGAGGCUAUAAUGGAAGGUGUUCCCAUGAUAUGUAGGCCCUUUGUUGGGGACAAUGGCCUUAAUGUAAGGACAGUUGAGUGUGAGUGGAAGGUUGGCUUAGGACUACCAAAUGGAAUCUUCACAAAGGAUGGAGUAAUGAAGGCAAUGGAGUCAAUCUUAGAUCCUCAUAAAGGGGUCCAAAUAAGAAGUAAUCUUAAAGCUCUUAAAGAUUUGGCUCUCAAGGCUAGUGGACCUGAGGGUAGUUCAACUAGGAACUUCAAUUCUUUGAAAGAGUUACUCACAAAGUAG